CGCGUGCAGCUCUCCCACAUCUGCGUCAGUGUUGUGCAAAUAGAUGUCAGGACGUGUAGCUGAGCGCUGGGUAUUUAAGGGCCAGCCGCUCGCUUCUCUGAGAAGUUACCCACAUCCACGCUCACCCUCCCUUCGCUUGGCUCCUCUGACUGCACGUCUAUUGAAGCGAUGAACGGCGGGAUCUGUGUGUGCGUGCUCCUGGCUGCCCUCUCCAGCAGUUGCCUGGGUCGCCCGCACCCCGCGCCCUUCCAGGAGGAGGGCAGGCCCGCCCCGCCCCAGCUGGACAGCGGCCUGUCCGAGCGCCCCCGCCACGCCCGAUCCACCCCCCUCGCCGGCCAGAUGAAGCCCUUCCCGCAGCCCGAGGAGGACCAGGAGGUGAACCUCAGUCAGCUGCUCGCCAGACUGAUGUCCAGGAAAGGAUCCUAUCGUAGGAACUCCACGAUGAACAGCCGGUCCAGCGGCCUCAGCGCCAACCACAGAAUAAAAGACAGAGACUACCUGGGCUGGAUGGAUUUUGGCCGCCGCAGCGCCGAAGAGUAUGAAUACUCUUCAUAAGACCAGCUCUCUUCACCGAGGGAUAGAAACCCACAUCAGUUCUUUGUCUUUGGAAAAAAAAAUCAGUGUCUCAAAAAUUAUAUUUAUUAUGUAUUUGAUGUACAUUUGUUUGUAAAACUAUAUGAUGCAAUAUAUAAAUACAUAUACAUGCCAAAUUUUGCAGAAACAGCGAGAAACAAGGUUCCUUUUUCUGAUUUUGAUUCAUAUUGUUGAUAGAAUAUUAUUAAAAUCAUUUAAUUAUGAAUA